AUGACCGCCAACGCCACCAUGCGAGCUGUUGUUUGGCAAGGAACCCCAUAUCAUGUUGGGGUUGUUGACCUGCCGAAGCCAACCAUCAUCAACCAGACCGAUGCCAUUGUCAAGAUGUCCAGAGCAGCCAUCUGCGGAUCUGAUCUGCACAUCUACCGAGGCACCAACGUCGGAGAGUCAGCGCCAUUUGGUCUUGGUCAUGAAGGAGUGGGGUAUAUCUCUGAAGUCGGGUCUGCCGUUGGAUCUCUCCAUAUUGGAGAUCCAGUAAUUGUUCCUUUCACCGUUGAUCAAGGCCAUCUCCAUACUGGUCUUACCACGUCACUGUAUGCUAGUUAUGGGAAUGGGGGUGACAUGGGUGGUACGCAGGCCGAAUACUUGCGUGUUCCAUCCGCAGACACUGGACUGAUUCCAGUUCCCUCUCUCGAGUACAGAGAUCCAGCCACAAACAUAUCCCACUCUCUUCUCAAUGACUAUGUCAUGCUAUCCGACAUCUUCGCCACAGGCUGGACCUCACUCGACUAUGCCGGGUUUGAAGCUGGGGACACUGUGGCUGUGUUCGGUGCAGGACCCGUGGGCCUGAUGGCUGCAUAUUCGGCUAUCCUGCGCGGAGCAUCCAAGGUGUACAGUGUAGACUAUGUCCCAGAUCGACUCAACCUUGCCAAAUCCAUCGGCGCCAUCCCCAUCAAUUUCCGACAUGCCGAUCCCGUGGCCCAGAUUCGGGCACACGAGCCAAAUGGUGUUACUCGCAGCAUUGAUGCCGUUGGAUACGAGCAAGUGAACAGAAACCUCACUGUCCAGUCGGAUGUCAUUAUUCGGAAUAUGUUGGCCGUGACAUCCACUGGAGGCGGCAUGGGCACUGUUGGGGUUUACAAUCAAGAGUCUAACAACACAGCUACCGCGCCGCGCGCUUCAACCGUACACACCCAUGUCGACUUUUCCCUCACGGAUUUCUUUUUCGGGGAGUUUAAAUGGGGAGCUGGGCCGUCGAAGCCGAUUGAUCUCGCGCCGCAGCUUUUGCACCUGGUUUCGUCGGGCAAAGCGAGACCAGGAUUUAUUGUAAGCGAUGUUGUUAACGUUGAGGAUGCACCUGCGGCUUAUGCUAGAUUUGAGAGGCACGAAGCCACCAAGGUUGUGAUUUCUUUUGGUGGAAAGUAA